CGCUUCGGCCUUUUGUAACGGACACCGCAGGCGGAACGGGCACGUGUCAGUGAAGACCGGGAGCUGCUGAGUCUUCCCGCCCUCCCUCUCACACGCACGCAGAUAGACAGAGCAAGGCCGCUUGCUUUUUUCCGCCUUCCUCUCUCUCUCUCUCUCUCACACGCCCACUCUUAACCGGCCACAUGGGAUUCGGCGACCUCAAAUCACCCUCCGGCCUCAAGGUGCUGAACGACUACCUGGCGGACCGGAGCUACAUCGAGGGGUAUGUUCCAUCACAAGCUGACAUAGCUGUCUUUGAAGCUCUUGGUGCUCCACCAUUAGCUGACUUCUACCAUGCACUUCGUUGGUACAAUCAUAUCCUAUCCUAUGAAAGCACCAAGGAUUGCCUUCCAGGUGUUAAGCAACCCCUCAGUAAAUAUGGUCCACAAAAUGUAGCAGAUACAACAUCAGCAAAAGCUGUGGAUGAUGACGAUGACAAUGACAUCGAUCUCUUUGGUUCCGAUGAUGAAGAGGAAAGUGCAGAGGCUAAAAGGCUCAAAGAAGAACGUCUAGCUCAAUAUGAAGCUAAGAAGUCCAAAAAGCCAGCACUUAUUGCGAAAUCAUCUAUUUUGUUGGAUGUAAAGCCAUGGGAUGAUGAAACUGACAUGGUCAAAUUGGAAGAAUGUGUACGUUCAGUGACAAUGGAUGGCUUACUUUGGGGUGCCUCCAAACUGGUUCCUGUAGGCUAUGGCAUCAAAAAGCUACAGAUUCAAUGUGUAGUUGAAGAUGACAAGGUGGGAACAGAUAUGCUGGAAGAAGCUAUUGUUGCAUUUGAAGAUUAUGUACAGUCUGUUGAUGUUGCAGCCUUCAACAAAGUGUAGAAUGACAACAAAUGAACACUUAAUAAAAAUUGACGUCCAGAA